CUGGGAACAGGGAGUUUUAGAACAUAAAAGUAAUCGCGACUUAGAACGCUUUCCCUUGGAGAUGCACUUUUUAUACCAUAACCAAAAUUACGACUCACUUGUAGAAGCCAAGAGCAAACCUGACGGCGUUUCUGUGAUUGGUGUUCUCUUUAAUUUUCCAGAUAAUAAGGCGGAAAAUCCAAACACCUCAGUACUUGAGCCAGUAAUAAACGGAAUAUCUAAGGUUAGGAAGAUAGGUGAAACAGCAAAUCUAGCACCUUUUUCAAUAUCAACAUUCGAACUGCAGAAGUCUUACCCGUAUAGAUAUAUAACAUACCAGGGAUCUUUAACAAUACCACCUUAUUCGGAAGUUGUGACAUGGUUCUUAUCUUCGGUUUCUACUGACGUGACAAUGGCACAGAUGGAGGCUUUCAGGGAAAUAGAAUUGGAAAAUUCAGAUCAAGGAAACAACAGACCAGUUCAGCUGCUAAAUGGCAGAGAGUUUGAAAUCGUUUGGAUUAAUUCAAGAAAUAAAAUUAUGUUGCACGAAGAGGAAGGGCCAAGCACCCUCUCACUAAAUAAAUUUCUCCAUUGAUUUUGUAUUAUAGGAAAACAAUUUUUUUAUUAUAUUCGACUAUGCCGUGAUUGGUUUUACUACAUUAUUAU